CAAAAUCAUUGCGAUUUACGGACGUAAAAUACUACAAAAACAGAAUAUCUACUGAAUUCAAACAGAAUAAAUCUUUAAGUAAACCAGAAGACAUCACUUUCGCAUUUAAGAAAGGAGAAGCGUUACUUCAACGUGGCUCAGUUGUAUAAAAUGCUAAGUGGGAGGAUUACUUCUGUAAUUCGAAGCAGUAGAGUAUUCAUCAAUGUAUGCACGGCAUCAAAACACACUAUAGAUUAUUCUAAAGUUCCUCAAAUUAGUGAGUUGGAUCUGUCUGAACAAUUUGUUAGAGGUGGAGGACCAGGUGGCUCAGCUGUAAAUAAAAAUGCAAACUGCGUUGUUCUAACUCAUGUGCCCUCAGGAAUAGUUGUAAAAUGUCACAUCAGUAGAUCACAAGACGAGAACAGAAAAAUGGCGCGCGAGAUGUUGAUCGAAAAAUUAGAUACACAACUUAAUGGCGAAAACAGUGUAUCAGCACAGAAGAAAAGGUUAGCAGAAGAGAAACAUAAAAAAGCAGAUUAUAAGAAGAAGAAAAGGGCACAAUUGAAAGAAGAAUGGAAGAAACGAGAGGGAUUGCUUUAGUUUCUUUUAGAUUUUCACUUAACAACUGAAUUUUAACAGUCAAUAAUACAUUUUUAAACAACUUAUUUUCAAAAAAAUUUAGUAAUAAUAAUAGUGUUCCUUUAUUUGUUAGGAUAUGGUAUAAAUGAUGUGAAACUACAAUCUAUAAAAUUAUCAAUUUGUAAUAUAACUGAAAAUUUUUACUUGCAACAUGUAGUUCAUUAUUUUUGUGAAAUAAUAUAAUGAUGAUGAA